UCGAUCCGAAUCAACAAAACCGCCCCGAGACCUCCUAUGCCAAGACAAGGUGUCUACACACUCGUCCGUGUCCUCUAUGCAUCCAUCGAUCCCAUCGACUACAAGCUGCCCUCCAUGUCAUGGCCCGUUCCACGCCUGGUCAUUGGCUCAUCGCCAAUCACCCCGGGGACUUCUUUCGUGGGACAAGUCCAAGAGACAAGGCACCCGGGUUUCAAAGCCGGGGAUUUCGUUUGGGGUAAACACGAUAUGUCCGUGAAGCAUGGUACUUGUGCAAGCUACACUCUCGUAGCAGGGAACAAAGGCGUCGUCAAAAUUCCAGCGGAUUGGAAUCCGAAGCGUAGCCUUGAAGAGUUUGCUGGGGCUGGUGUAGUCGCCCAGACGGCUUUGCAGACCUUGAUCGCUAGCGGACUGCCCCUUCCGCUCCAGCGAUCAUCAGAUGAUCAAGUACUGGAUCGAACAAUUUUCAUCAAUGGAAGCACUGGCGGCGUCGGCACAUUUGCUGUUCAGAUGGCGAAGCGUUGCUUCCGCGUAAAGCAUGUGGUCGUCAGCUGUUCAGGUGCCAACAGUGAUUUCGUGAAGAGUCUCGGCGCUGAUGAAGUGGUGGAUUACCGAACUUGUGGUGCGAACGGACUUUCUGGAUGGCUCAAGGAUUGGUCGAAGACAAACGGCAGAUCGUUCGACGCGGUCAUUGACAAUGUCGGCACCGAACCGGAUCUCUAUUGGAAUUGUCAUCACUUUCUUACCGCGGAUGGCAAGUACGUGCAAGUCGGUGGUGGUAUGGACGUCGGUAGUUUCGCAAUGACGGCGAAGAAGGCGCUCUGGCCAAGAAUCUUGGGGGGUGGGCAGCGAGCUUUCCAAUUCCUAGGUACGGAAAACAAACCCGAUGAUCUCUCCAUGAUCGGCAUGUGGAUGGCCGAGGGUAAAGUUCGCUGUGUCAUCGAAGAUGACAACAGGUAUUCUUUGCUAGACGUCAAGAAAGCCUAUGAGAAGCUAAAUAGUGGGAGAGUACGAGGCAAGAUUAUUGUGGUCGUU